AUGAGUCCUUAUACAGAUAUGCAACAACAAGAGAACAAGCCUAUUGAGAGGAAACAAGAUAAACCUCACGACAGAUCAUCUGUAACAAGCGAAGUAUCAACAUCGAGAUGUCGUCGAACUAGUUCAGAAUCAUUUGCACAGUUCACUGAAAACGAUGACGAUGAACCUUUAGUAGGAAAACAGACAGAAGAAUUGUCGUCAGCAGCUCAAAUUGUUCAUUUUAUGCGACGUGCAUGGAAAUUACCGGUGCCUGACGAUAAUUUCGAGGAAGGGGAUAGACAUUGGAAGGCUAAAUUUGUUGAUCGCCUUCGAGCUGAUCUAAUAUUGCCUAUGCGUGCGCAAAUCGAACAAGAAUCACGAAAAGUAACUCAACAAGGACAAACAUUCAUGAUUCCAAUUGUACAAAUUCUCGUCGAAGGUGGCGUUUCUUCGAUUCUUACUGUAUGCGAAUCGAUUAAAGCUAAAACGCCUGUUAUUGUCAUUGAUGAUGAUGAUAAUCUUUCACGACCUCUUCCUCUCGAAAAAUCAGCUAACACAACGACAUCAUCGAAUCCUUCAACUGGGAAUGAACUCGUUUCCGUAGCUUUUGAUGUAGCUGAUCAGAACCAAAACCAUCAUUCGAAUUCAAAUCAAGUUUCAAUAAAUAUUACACAAUGGAAUUAUUACAAAACGUAUUUGAAUAGAGAUUUGAAGGCUGAUCUUAGACAGAAACAGAUGGAACAAACUGAUGUUUCCGGUAAGAAUUCUAGUAAUCCAGUCACCGAUAAUUAUGGUAUUAUUGAUCAUUUUCGUAAAAAGGAUUCAUUUUUGCAUGAAAUGGUAGUAUUCAAUGGAAUGGAUGUUAUUCAUAGAAGUGGACGUGUAACCGAAAUCAAAAUUAAUUUUAUACAAUCAUCAAGGGAUAAACAAUUUCCUGAAGUUUUCUUGUAUAUUGUGUCACCAGGAAAGGAUCAAAACGAAUUUACUAUUAUUUAUCGGCAUGAAAUAUCUGAUGAGAUAAUUGGUGCACCGAUUAUAACUGGACAAUUAACAUCAUCUACAGUACCAACCGAGCGACAAAAUAUAGCGAGCAACAACGAUAACAUAACCAGUGGAUCUUCAUCAACUCGGCCUACAGACUCCAAUGCUCACACAUCAUCGAAAGUCGCAGGAAAACUGACAAAAUUGACAACAGAAACAACAGACGCCUCUGUUAAUAGUAUUAUUCGAACAUUGAACAUUCAAGAACCUACUCUCUAUGUGCAGGCGGGUCAAUAUCUAGCAAUUGGCUUUGGUUGUGGUUCCACUCGACUGUGUCGUGUUAAAAGAAGUGAUUCGUAUUAUAUUACUCGAAGUUGGGCUGAUACGACGGUCCAAUCGGGUAAACCAGUGAAAGAUGAAGAAUUUGCUGUUAGCAUAUUAACUGAAAAUUCUCAACGAUAUUUUAACUACAGUCCAUUACAAUUAGCAAAGGAAAGUAAUAGUCGUUCGUUUUUAGCAACGAAAUGUGUUCAAAAAUAUUUGGAUAAAAAAUGGUUCGGUACAAUUGAUAACCACCGACAUUCCAUGUUCUGGAAUGUUGUUUUGAUCUUCUAUGUUGCAUUUCUGUGCUUAUUUAGUUACGUGCUCUUAGUGGAUUAUUUUCCAAUAAAUAAUAAUGGUGGUACACGUAAUGGUUAUUUUAUAAUAAUUCCAAUAACAGAAAUCGUCCUUCACAUUUUAAUGUUUAGUAUUCUUAUUGAAGAAUGUAUAGAGUUUCUAUUGUAUUAUGCGGAAAAACGUUUAUGUAAUAUUCAUUGGAUUCCUUGGAAAUAUUUCACUAUUGAUAAAUGGAAUAUUCUUGAUGUAAUAGCAAUUCUAUUUUAUAUAGCCGGUUUCAUCCCACGUUGGAUUUCUUCUGAAUCUGCGUUUACUGUUUCAAAGCUAACGUUCUACAUGUUUAGUGAUACACUUAGUAAAGCUGCACAUAAUUCGCACAUAUAUUGGGCAUUUCAUCGAUUCCUUCUCGUCAAUGAAUAUCGACGAAAAUCACCAUAUCCACCACCGAUUAAUCUUCUUCAUUACACUUAUAAAUUCCUUAAAUUUCUAUAUCGUCUUAGCCGAAAUAAGACUAGUGACAAUAUUCAUGGUUCGCUUGAUGGUGCUAGUGAACUCGAUUCGAAUUUAUAUAAUAUAAUUUCAUUCAAUGCAAUGGAUCGAGCAAAAAUUUCUGGCACUGUAACAAAGGUUUCAAUUAAUUUUUCUACUGCACCAACAACAACAAAUCCUGAAAUUUGGCUAUUUGUUAUUGCAGCUGCAACAGUUGCUUCGAAUCCACACUUCUUUAUAGUUAUUAGCAAGCGUCAGUUAUUUGAAAAAUCCAAACAAAAUACUACUGCAAAUCAGCAAAAAUCUGCAACAAUCAAAUUAGAAAAAGGAAUCCAAACAUUCGACACAGAUAUUAAAAUCACAGAGGGACAAUAUUUAGGUAUAAGAUUUUCACCAGGAGCUGGCAAUCCUUAUAGUACUGGACGCAAUCAGUAUUAUUUUAAUGCUCCCGUUGAGCCUGUUCUAAAUUAUUCUAUUUUAUUUACAAAUUGUCCUACCAAAGGUAUUGCAAUGAGUUUCACGGUUCAAAAAAGCAAGAGUAUGUGA